GUCGUCGCGUACGGAGUGCCGUUGAAAAAGUAGUCUCGUGAAUGCCACGCCAGAGUGACGUUUGGUACAUAUUUCUUUCCAAAUUGUGAUAGAUCAGAAAAUUGGACUGUAAAACAUCAACAUCGCGACACGACCUCCAGGAAGUGUGUUUCAGGAAAGUAACAGCAUUGAAGAAUAUAAAAUAAAAUCGUUUCUGAUCGUCAAAGUGCAUUAUUGAUUAAUCUGGGAAAUAGUUACAUUGAAAGUGUUUACCGGGAAAAGUGUGCUGCAAUCUAGUUGUCUCACGGUGAUAAAUCAAUUCAAGUGGUAUCCUGUAUUCGUACGCCCGCCCUGGGAAGCGGAGAUUUUCUUCGUUGAUUUUGAAUCGUAACUAAAGAACUGAUUCGAAGUCAGAGAUUCAGGAUAAUAAUGAAGCUAAUAUUUUUAUUAAUAGUGCUGCUUCCAGUGAUGGUUCAGCCCAAACCAGCUACUACCUCACUUGACGAAACCGGUGGUAGACCAUCGAGUGUGGCAGAAGACCGAGCAGAUCUCACGAGGAACAGGCGUUCUGGACUGAGUUUAGUUUCCGGUCUCAAAAGUACACUACUAUCAGGGAUUGGACGAGCCUCGGCUUCACUAGCGGCCAGCAGCAGUGGGUCUGCUUCCUCUUCACUCGCUAUGCACUCUUCGGGUGGGGCGUUGGGUGGGGCGUCGGGUGCUUCGUCGAGUGCAGGACACUCGUACGAAAAACCUCACGAGGAACCUCACUUCGACGGAUGGGGCUUGAAGAAAUCAAUUUUAAAUACACUGUUCCAGGCAGUAAAAGCCAUCACCGGUGGUAUAACGAUCCUGAAGGGGCAGCUCAUCAAAGGAUCCGGAUACGCAGUCAGUGGCUUGGGUAAAGUGGUCGCUGCCGGAGGAGAUGCAGUAUCGGACGUAGGCAAGAAGAUUACAUCAUCCGCGAGCCUCGCACCAUCAGCUCACUCGAUUCAUCCAUUCGCCAAGUUGAGUGGCUCGCUAUCAUCUGGCUCGGCGGGUUUGGUUUCAUCUGCAUCCUCUUCGUCUUCUGGUUCUUCAUCAUCGUCUGGACACCACACAGGACCAUCAAGUGAAAGUUUCACCAGCUACGAAUCUCACGGUAGCUACGGACACGACUCCCACAAUUCUCCUUCAGCGGCUGCUUAUCUACCACCAAAAGCGACCAGUUAUUACAAAACACCAUUGACAUCGUAUGGAACCGAGAUCGAAUCCGUCGCAUACCCGACGGCGUCGCAUUACUUACAUAAAACGGGAAAGCCUAGUGUUGUUGAGGCCUCGGACGUAUUAAGGGAAAUUUUGAAACAAAAAGUACCGACCGCGAUGGGUCACAGCUACAACAAUUAUGAGUCAACAGGACCGAUGAAAUACGAGAAGAAGGUCGUUUCCCAACAUGUCAUUCCAAAUGAUCCCUAUCCCCCACCGUUCCGACCACUGAAGAACAGCAAUUACCUGUCGCAACUAUACGGUUUACCCCAUGGUCAUAUCGAUUCCGUUACCCACUCCCAGUCGAUUACGACUUCCUUCGGUACAUCACAGAAUUCACCAUACAUAGAUGAAACUGAGUCCCUAUAUCCACCUUCCUUUGACAUCUACCGAUCCAUGAGCGUGAAGAAUGCCGGUAAGAAAGAAAACACCAUUUCUGAAUCCUUUUCCAGUCAAACCGAUCCUCGUUCGAAAUCGGCUCACAGUAGCUCAAUUAUCCACCCAAGCACUAACUCUGUAUCCCUGUACCUAUCUCCACCGAAAUCGUCCGCACUGACAGCUGAUAAAGAAGACUCCCUAGUUCACCAACAACAACUACGCGAUCUCAGCCAAAAGCUGGGCCCUGGUAUCGAAGUACAAAAAUCAUUGGCUUACGAACUCACGGAUAAUGUUCGAUCUACAAACAACGCACCCACAGAACAAGACUUGAAACGACGGUUGAAUGACAAACGCGAGAUUGGUGAACCGAACAGUAGUAGCUCUGUAAGUCAAGAAUCGACGAAGCAACGACAAUAAAGACUAGAAGACUUCCGGAGAGCCGACGGACUAGUACCAUACAUAGGCAAUCGACUUUGUCUAUAAGAAUCAUACGAAACGCGUAUAAACUGAACAAAGAUAAUGAUGACUACGCCAAAAUCAUUGUAGGUUAAACCAUUCAACAUUCCACUGCAUCGCAACAUCACGCAGAAAGGACGAACGACUGUUAGUAAGAAAUAUGCCAUCACAAAAAUUACAAUACUCAAAUAUUUGAAAAUCACACCAUGAUUGAUUUUCCUUCCGCCGUACACAUUUGGGCCCGAGCUGAAAAUACAUACAUAAAAUAAGCUGUUACUACCAAACUGGUUGCCGCAUGUCGAGUCACUGGCAGUUCGCUUUGCAGCUGUGAACACACGGUUUUCUUGAUCGACUUUGGAAAUAUUUACAUACUGCUCUGAUUUUCACCAUUUCGUCUCGACCAAACAACACCGAGUCGCAGUGCCACUAACCAACAAUAGAUGCAUACUUACUUAACCAGAAAGCAGGAAAAAAUGAAAAAACACGAUUGAUUGAGACACGAAAAAACGCUUUCCUCACCCACGCAGGACCCACCUGAUUCUGACGGAACGCAACCAGCUAUGAGCUUGCAGGAAACCAAUUCUAGUGAUAUAACGAUGUCUGCCUUACUCAUCUUCAUCUUCAAUGUAAUAGUGAAUGGAAUUCGCACUGUGUAUAAGUAGUUAUUUAAAUGUACGUUUAUGUUACAAUUGACCAGUUAGAGUUACCAUCAAAUGGUUAUUAGGUGCUACUGUUACAGACAGCCGAAUCCAGUGAAAAUCCUCCCCUCUGAAUAUUUAUUGUUUUUAUUGCGUUAA